AUGAAAGAAGAAGUAGUCAAGAAGAAUCAAAUCCUUCUGAUGGAUGGUCGUAAUGAAUAUGAAUACGAUGAAAUUGAUGAAAGUACUUGUCCCGAGAAUGUACAUGCAUCAUCAACAUUCGAUACGGUAUCAUCCAUGAACCAUUUUGAAUCAAAUCAUGGUAAUUCAUCGUCUGGUUCACCUACAUGUGAUUUUUCAUCACCCCAAAAGCAUCCGAAUGAAGAGGCACACGUAGGAAACACUUUUACAUGUUUGAGACAUGAUGAUGUUUACCGGAAAAUUGGUUCCAUUCAGGGAGCAAAACAUCAUGAACUACAACAAGAAAAAGAACACAUCAAGUCCAUGACAAGCGACAGUAAAGAGGCCUCCUCGCAUCUCAAAACACCAGAAGAAAAACAACGACAUUAUUCAUUGGUUGAAAUGUUGUUUUCAUUUCUUUCGUUUUGGUUUCAUCUGUUCUUGUAA